UUUCAUCUGCUUGUUUAACAUUUAUAGCCGGGCACUGCGAGAAAAACAUAAUUUCCAACUGCAUAAGGAUGGAGAGCACAACAGUUGUUGAGCCUAUGGAGCUGCCACCGGAGUUGAAGAAGCCACUAGUCCUUGUGCCGGAGAGGGAACAGAAGAAGAAGCUAAAGGUGUUGGUCGCUGUGGAUGACAGUGAGUUGAGCUUCUAUGCUCUCCGGUGGGCUCUUGACAAUCUCUUCAAAAACCCGGGCUCUGGUCAAGCUUCAACGGAGACGAGCGAGCAGGAUUCUGAUACGAUUACAGUAGCUCAUGUCAUGGCACCUUACCACCACUAUGUCUUUCCUGCAGCUGGACCUGGGCCGGUGUACGCAGCAAACAAUGUGGUGCAAUCAGUAAGGAAGGGGCAGUCGGAAAUAGCAGCAGGGAUACUUGGCCGUGCUAUGAAACUGUGCAAAGAGAAGAAUGUAAAAGCGGAGAGUUUGCUACUUGAAGGGGACCCCAAGGACAUGAUUUGUCAAAUUGUUCAGGAGAUUCACGUUGAUCUUCUUGUUUUGGGCAGUCGUGGACUUGGAAUGAUCAAAAGGGCAUUUUUGGGAAGUGUGAGUGAUUACUGUGUGCACCAUGCAAAAUGUCCGGUCCUCAUCGUGAGACCGCCCAGGGAAUCCACUCAUCCUCAGAAGUCCGGGGAGUAGUUUACCGGCAAAUCAUGCAUGCCCGUGAUGUUUAAAUAUGUUUGUACUUUAUAGCCGAAGGACCUUGCUACUGUUCAAUGUCUGUACCAAGUAUUACUAUGUUUGAAUUUGGAAAUGUUGUGAGUUGCAACUCGUGUGUCAGUGUGUGAAUAAAUAAAAGGCCUCUGCU